AUGAGUAAACCAAAGCGGGCUGACAAGCAAUCCACGGUGAAAGAUGGCGGUGGAGUGCGGGGUUUGACGUCUCUUUUGCUACUACAGAGCAUAUUCCAAUCAAUCGAAACCGUGACUGGCAGGAAAGUACAUCCACAUGAAUACUUUGACUUGAUCGCAGGUACUUCAACUGGCGGUCUCAUUGCUAUUAUGCUAGGGAGGUUGCGAAUGCCAAUAGAAGAGGCUAUCGAGGCCUACAAGAAGCUCUCUCUAAUCAUAUUCAAAAAGAAGUGGUGGUCCGAUUUUGCAGUACUCAAGGUUCUGGGGGCAGAGAUGAACCGUCACUGGUUUCGAGGCCAAAAUCUCCAAGAUGCAAUCUGCAAUCUGCUCUCCGAAAAACAAAUGGAUCCCGAACUUGACCUGAGAGAAUCCGAAUCCGACGAUGCUCGGUGCAAGAUCUUUGUCUGCGCUGUUGACGCAUACUCAUCAAACGUGCAACUGCUCCGAUCCUACAGAUCAAACGCUCCAGGACAGUUCAACUACGAAUGUAGCAUUUGGGAAGCCGCGCGCGCCACUUCGGCUGCACCUCUGUUCUUUGAACCCAUAACUCUGAGAAGAGGCGGUGCUACCUUUGUGGACGGCGCAGUGAGGGCCAAUAACCCGGUCGAAGAGGCCGUGAACGAAGCUCGAUCCUUGUGGCCAGACCGGCAGGUCGGUUGCCUUCUCAGUCUAGGCACGGGUAUCUCGGUUCGCCCGGGAUUCGAUCCAAAGAAGAAUAGUCUCCACGCUGUGCUUGCGUCGCUCGCCAAAAUUGCAACAGAUGCAAACACCAAGCACAUUGCUUUCAAGAGCAGUCACUACUGCAAUCAGCUCAUACGGUCUCGGCGUUACUUUAGAUUUUCAGUGUCUCAAGGCGUUUCUGACAUUGAGAUGUCAGACUUCAUGAAAUUGCCAAUCAUGCAGUCGGCGACCAUUCAAUAUACCGCUGAAGUGUCCAAGGAAAUCGAAGAAUGCGCGAGGCAACUGGCUUCAUGGGAUGAGACUUACGUGAAAUCUUCAAAUGCGCCCUUGCACAUGGAUUCUGGCCACAAUCCUGCCCGCAAGUUCCUCACGCUUUUGGACAUGGAUUGGGAACGGCCUGUGAGCUCUUACGUGGAGGACUUUGGCACUGGUGUAUUGGUCAUCCUUGCAAUUACGCGGAUUCUUAGCGCCUAUAAUCAGGCUGUCAACGACCAGCCGGCGCACACCAAGGUAGUUACCGCGCAACUCACUACCCUCCGUCUUAUGUUCCAGACUCAAUGCUUUCUUCUCCUCUCGUCAGUCAUUCAAGACAGCGCAGACAGUCUUUACCAGUUCAUAUACUCGCGAGAUGACGACCCGGCUGAUUUGUUGCAAUUGCUCCAAUGCUCUCAAGACCAGACUUUGGCUCUAGAGGACAAUGCAGGGAGGCGCAUCUGGUCGGUGCUUAGUGACUACGAACAACAUGCCGCGGCUGUAAUCCUGCCUCAACUCGGUCGCAUUGAACACCGAGAUCUCGCUCGCUUUCGCUCGUUCAACCUCGACAUUCACGCCUUGGUUCGCUCUCGCGGUCAUCUUCAUGGUCUUGGGCCUAAUCUCCCCGACGACGGACCCACGAUAGAUGUCGAGCUGUCGAGGAUUAGCAGGGUGAAUCAAGUAUCGCGGCAUUUGCAAAAUGCUUGUGGGAACCUGUGGUCUUGUGCAGAGCACCCAGUUCACUCAACAAGCUUGAAAUUGGCGCCAUCCAUGGCUGGAUCUUCGAGCUGGUACCAGGACCAGAAAUCUUCCGUCACAUUCGACCUCGUUUUGACUAAUUCUGCCCUCGGUCAAUCCCAGGAGUCGACUUCGUUUGAAAUUACAUGCCCCAUGGCAGCUGAUCAGCCUCGCAGCGCGGAUAGUAAUUCCGACCUAUUCGAUCAAGGCGACGAGAUUCCAAGGCCGCCAGUCAGAGAUGUUCGUGAAAGAGGGGAAACCAGAGGCCGUAAAGUGAUAUUUGAAGGCCAAUUGACGAAAGCCCAACAGGAGCAGAUUAUGCUCGGCCCAAUCCUUGAGCCCUUGUGCACCUUGAGAACCACGGACUCGAGCGAUUCCAGGACUCAUGUGGGCUGUUUAGCCUCCUCUGAAUCCACAAAUCUGUCGGUUCAGCUCGUAAAACCGGCAAGGAGGAUGUUCGGCAUGGCUAUGCCAACCCUGUCUUGGAUGCAGCCAGAUAACACUGAAGUCAGGAACUCUGACCGUGUGAGCAAAGCCGAGAAAAUGCGGUUCGCGUUCCAGCUGGCCAAGAUUGUCCUGGCCCACCACUCCACACCCUGGCUUGAAAACGCAUUCUCCCGGGCUGACGUAUCAUUUUGGAGCUCGAGUGCGACUGAUUGCCGCCUCACAAAUCCAUUUCUUUUUCAACAACUAGGCUCAGUUCUGGGAAAAGCCAAGCAAACUGUCAGUGAACAACAUACUGACCCGUGGAUCAAAAACCCAAUUCUGUUCGGUCUAGGAGUCAUACUCUUGGAGCUCGAGUACGAAAUGCCCAUCGAGUCUAUUAUAUCACUACUAUCAAAGCACGCACCUUCAUCUAGGUCCGGAGAAUCCUUGGCGGAGAGGCUGCUGACGGUCAAGUACUCGGCUGGGAAUCAAAUGGGAACUAGCUAUGGCCGCAUCGUCCGCAUGUGUCUGGACUGUGACUUUGGACUUGGAUUGCGAGAGUACUCGCUAAAGGAUACCAUGCUGCAGAGGAGAUAUUAUACCCAGAUCAUUUUAGAGUUUGAGAAGCUACUCCCACAAUGGGAAAAAAUAUAUAGUUUAUAA